AUGGAGAGAAGAAUUGGGUGUGUGUAUAAAAUUAAGGAGAGCAGGAGGGGGAAGGGUUUGUGUAAGCCAGCUGAUGAAGCAAAAAAAAAAGGGGCGCGGUUAUGUUACCUAAGUGAUAAACAGGAAAAUGCAACUACUACCGCUGCUGAUGAAGCCAGCAUGCUUAGUGAAGCAGCCAGUAUUGUUGACGAUUCCAGCUGUAGGACCGAAACCCACUCCAAUGCCAAUGGCAGAGGGACGAACCCUUUUGAAGCUCCACAAUGGAAUAGCAAUGUGGACGAUCCACCGUUUAGUCAUUCCAAACUGAGAACUGAUGAAGGAGAAAGUUACCUGAACAACAUAGAUGUGAAUGACGAAUCAGAUCCGGUGAAGGAGGAGAGUGAAGGGAUGAUUCGUUCUUCCAGUCCGCUACCUGAGACUGCAUAUCAGAGGCAAAGACGGGGAGGCAUCACAAGAGAGGCUGAUCGGAUGCACAGCUCAAUUGGGGAGGAGGACGAAAUUGUGCACAUGGGUGUCAGCUUCUGUGAGGAGGUACCCCUGGAGGGAAGAACCGAACAACAUCGCCAAUACAGUGGUGGUGACGCCGCAUAUUCUGUGUACGCUGCACGUGCAAAUUGCAUGGAUGGAGGGUUGGAGGAUGACAAUUGGGUCGACGCUGCUUUGGCAGGUGCCGACUCGAACAGUACCCAAAACACCGGAAACAACACUUCGAACUGCCCACGCGGCUCCCAUUUUGUAUCGAGUGACCAGGAGGAGGGAGUGGGACGAAUGAACCCUCCCGAACAGAACGAUAAACAACCAGACAGCGAAGACGACGACGAAAUAAAAAACAUACUAGAUGUGUUGCAGAAUUUAAAAAAUUAUAAUUUUGACGAUACAGGCAAUUUCGAUAAUGAUGCAAUUUAUGAACCAUUUGAUGAUGACGUGGAGGGUGAAGAAACGGGGAAGAGUGUAAUGGACCCGUUUGUUCAGGAGAGGAACGCUCCUUUUUUGGAGAGCGAAUAUGUUUUUAACGACCCUACUGGGGGGGGUGCUAUGAACGGUGAAGUGUCUGCCUCUGUUGCGGAGGGAGAUGCCCCUAAUGACAGCAACGAGCGUGAGUACCUAGACCUGCAAAAGAUAAAGGAGAAGUACAGGAGGUACAACUUCUCUCUAAGCGAUGUUGAUGAGGAGGGGAAAAACGAAAGUCACCAUAGUAAGGAUGAGGAACCCACUGAUAAUCCGCAGGAGGGGGAAGUAGGGGGGGAAGAAGAAACAGGUUGCACAAAUGACGUUGCCAGUGAAAUGCCACAUGAUGACAAGCGCAUGUCUAACGCGGUUGAUGGGGAGGACGCAGAGGACAAGAGGAACACUCCAAAUAAAGUUAAAAAAAGGAAGAAAAAAAAAAGGAAUGGAAAAAAAGGAAAAACCUAUUCUGAGCAUUUUGACGGCCAUGAUAGGAGCGUUCCCAGUAAUGGACAACGGGUGAGUAGUGAGGACCAUCCCAGUAGCGGAGAACGGAUCAGCGGUGACGACGGGGAGAGUAAUCCCAUCUUUGUGGACACCCCCGUGGGGGAAGUCCCUGCAGACGAAAAUUGCGAACCGAUCGUAGAGACGGCAAAAAUGGAAUCCACCGAAAAUGAAAAAAAGAACAAUCAGGAUGGAGUUGUAUUUAACGAAUGUAACAGCUCCACCGAGACGGGUGUUCCAUCUGGCAAAGAUGAAGUCGAACGGGAGGAGAAAAUAAGAAGGAAAAUUUUACUCAAGCAAAAUAUCGAUAACUUGAACAAUAAAGGGGGGGAUAAGCACAACGGUGCAACUCAGAAUGAAGGCACUUGGACGAGUCCUAACUUUCAGAACCAGGUGGAGAACACGAAGGGCAUCGUGGGGAACCCCCCAUAUGGAGACCUCUCCGAAGAAGUGAAGAACAUAAUAAACUCCAAUGACAGUAAUGGGGAGGAUGAGAACCAUUUGGAGUUUGAUCACUACCUGAGCAAAUUGCACAACUUGAAGAGUCUGCUUCGGCAGGAGGUCACUCAGAGCGAUGAAGAGGUGGGAGGUGAAACGGCGCAGCGAAGGAAGGACUCGUCGAGCAGCUUCGAAAUGGACGAAGCUGGUUGUGCGAAAGGGUCAAAGGGGGAAGCAGAAAAAGAAGAUGUAGAAGUUGAUGAAGACGACGCUGUGGAUGCAGAUGAUGUGAACAAUGCGGGUACUCCAGACGAAUGGUCCAAGUCGAACACACCAAAGGAGUUUCCUCACCCAAGGGCACGUAAGAGGGGUCCCCCCGGUGAAUUGACGAUCGAGGGAACGAUCGAAGAGCAUCCUGUCCACGUGGAGCUGCUCUCCGAAAGGAACGUCCAACUCAAACGGGAAGUGAAAAGCCUACAAAGAGAAAUGGUUAGAUACAAAAAAAUGGAAAAGACAUUUCACAAAAACAAGGAAAAAUAUAAAACAAAAUUAACACUAAUUAGGGAGUACGAAAAGAAAAUCGACCACAUGAUAAUGGACCUGAAAAAGUUAAAGGACACAUGUACCAGCAAAGAAAAAAAGUUGACAAGAUUUGAGAAAGUAGUAAAAUAUAUGAACGAGCAAUUUGCCAUGAGUAAGAUCCAAUUUGAGAACAAAAUGAACGAAUAUGUCCUUUUCCUAAAAAAGAAGGACUCCGAAAUUUACAUGUUAAAAGAGAUCAUAAAGGAGAAGGAGAAAAUCGUCACCUUUAAUGAGACCAUUUUGAAGCAGUACAAAAAUGACAUCGAUGAUAUGUUAAGGCAGAAUAUCGAGCGAGUGGAACAUGUGAAGGCGAAAUUAAAAACGCAACAAGACCUCAUCACUGAAAAGGACAGUAAAAUUAAAACACUUGAAGGGGAUGUGAGGAGCUACACCGAUCAGCUAAACAAAAUGGAAAACAAAAUGAAGAAAGUCAUGCACGAAAGGGAGGUAGACGAGGAGAAGUGGAAAGAAGUAGAGAACAAUUAUCAAAAAGAGAAAAAAAAAAACAACGAUCUGAUUAAUCAAGUGGAACAACUAGGGAGGGAAAACAAGGAGUUGCAUUACAAAGUGGAAAGUCUGCUGCAGAACGAAAAAAAUAUUAUGAACGGCAAGGUAGAAUUGGUCCAAAGCCAGAAGGAGUUAAGCAUGGAGAAUGAAAAAAUGAAAAAGGAGAUAGACGUGCUCCUAAAUGAGAAGGCACAAAUGCAGGAGCAGUGCAACAUUCUCAGUGCAGAAAAUGGGAAAAUUAACGAUCAGAUAGGAAAUCUCCAAAGGGAAAAAAACGAACAGGAGGUGGAGUUAGUCAAACUGAAGGAAGAAGUAACCAAACUGAGGGAGGAGUUUUCCAAAUUGGAGGAGAAACACUCAAAGUUGGUAUUGGAAAAGGAUCAAAUUGAGGGAAAAUGUCUGACCCAGCAGGGCGAAAAAGACGCCUUGCAAAAUGAGCUACAUGAGAUGAAGCGCAAGAUGGAAGACUACAUGAACGAAAAUGGAAAAGUGAAAGAAAUGCUGGACGAAAUGACCUCCAAAAGUGGGAAGGAAGUACAGAAGCUGAAAGAACACAUCAAAGACCUGGAAGACAAACUGGAAGAGCAAAACACACUCUACUGCAAGGAAAAGGAAGUCAUACAAAAUCUGAGCAAGGAAAAAAAUAAAUUCAUUAAAGAAUGCGAACGGUUAAAAAGUAGGAAUAAAAAAAUCAUCUCCAGGUUGAAGGAGAAUGAAGUGAAAAAUAAAACAAAGAUGGAGGAAAUUGAAAGAGAAAAGAAUCAAUCUAUGCAGAAGGAAAAAAAUAACUUCGCACAGAAAGUACAUUCGUUGGAGGAAGCCUUUCAAAACACAUACAACGAACUGCAGGAAGAGAAAAACUCCCUAAAGGAAGAACUCGAUGAUGUUAAAACAACAAAUGAAGACUUAAAAAAAAAAGCGCAAAAUCUUCUAAACGUUAAUGAAGUCCUAAUCAAAGAAAUGAAAACGUACAAUGAAGAGAAGGAUAAAUUCAUUAAAGGAUUGAAAAACAUCAAAGUUGCUUACCUCAAAAUGAGGAAUGAAAACGAACAGCUAAAGAAAGACGCUUUUGCAUAUAUUAAAAAAGACGUGGAGGAAAACUACGUCCCCCUAUCUGCACAUAACCAGCUUCUACAGGAACAAAAAAGUUUGGUUGAGGAGAAAGACACGCUUCAGGCGCAGCUCAAGGAAAAAGAGACCCUCAUCGAAAAGUUGCAUAAGGACAAAACAGACUUGGACGAAAGUUUGACCAGACUUUCCAAGGAGAACGAAGAGCUCAGCACGAACAUCCGCGUUAAGAAUAAAAUUACGGAGGACGUCACGGCCAACGUGGAGAAGCUAAAAACGGACCUCACCAACAAGGACGAAGAAGUGAAGAAAAAAGUGCUCGAAGUUAAAAAGAUCGAGCGCGACUACAAAAAGCUUCUGGACGAUUAUAAAAGUGAAAAAAAAAGUUUAAUUUCAAAGUACGAAAAUGAGCUAGACGACUACCUGCGAAAGUGUGAAUUAGCCCACGCCAAGUAUAAGAAGUGUGAAGAAGAGAUCAAGGAACUGAAAAAUAAACUGAAGGUGAAGGAUGAAGUGAUAGAAUACACACACAAGGAAAUUGAAAACAUUAAGGAGUCCUUCUGCAACGAAUACGAAUGCAAAAUUAAGGACGUCGUGGAGGAGAAGGACAAGGAGGUGUACGCCAUACAGAGGAGGUGCAAGGAGCUGCACGAGGAUAACAAUAUGAACAAAAACGAAAUCGCCAAGCUAAGCAAAUUGCUGGAAGGCGCAAAUAAGAAAAUAAAAAAGAGAGACAUGGAAAUGUACAUACUGCUGGAAGAAAACAAAAAGCAGAAGGAGAAGGCAGCCAAAAAAAUGACCAAGGUGAACGAGCUGCUGAACAACCUGCAGAAGGAGUACACGGAUAGUAUUCCAUGA